UCAUGUAUGUGCCGGUUUACUGUUUCGUAUUUUUUUAAUGAAAUGUGAAAUAAUGGGCGAAUAAUUUAUUUGCACGAAGUUAGAGGUGAAUUACUAUCUGUGGGAAGUUGCGCCAGGAUUUUGAAGGAGGGGAUUCAUGGAAAAUAAGUUGUGAUCGGGAAUUUAACGCGGUACUGCUACGUGUAUUUGAGCUUUGCCUUCAGCUGUAGCAGGCCCUGAAAGUUGCAGUGACUGUGCCAAAACAUUUUGAAAAAACAUUUUAACUGGGUGCAGAUCAUUUGCCGUUGAACUGUUCAAUCAUCUGUUUCCGAUUGGUAGGAAGUCUCCCCGAGUAACAUAUAUACUGUUUCGCCAGAUUUUUUGCCUCUGUCGAUGAUGAAGAAUCGAGCGGACCGAAAGCAGCUGGAAGCUUAUAUCACUAUUCCUUUGACCAAAUGACCGGAAGUCGCCCCAUUUUCUGCUGCAGGAAACAUUAAAAGAAUCGUAUUGUGUGCAUGAGCGGCUUGAUUCACGAUUUACGAGUGUGUUCCGGCGUAAGUUGUAAGUCUUAGGGGCUCCAAAGAGCGAUCUAUCAAUUUGUAAGUCUGUUUCGACACUUUCUGAAUGCAUGACUUCACCGGGCAGCCAUUCGAUGCAGUGUCGGCCGACAAUGUCACCGGCCUGGCACGGUCAUCGUACGUCGAACUCUUGGAACUUGUGACUUCUCUUCUUUAUAGGUGGUUCACCGUCGUAGUCAUCGGCCUCGGUGUUCCCGGAAAUAUCAUGUCCUUACUGAUUACGCUAAAACAGGACAACCGCCACAUUAGUACAUGUAUUUACAUGGCUGGUUUGGCUAUUGUGGACACUGGCCUUCUCAUCAUGAUGAUUCUCUACAAGACGCUGCGACUGCAUGGCCAAGGCCUGGAUGGAAACUGGACGUUUCUGACCAUAAUGUGGUACGGAGGAGACGGAUUUGCCAUAAUUUCCGGUUUGUUCUUGGCCGAAAUGAGCAUCGAUCGAGCUAUCGCCAUCAUGUAUCCAAUGAAAGCAGCCACUAUUUGCACUGCCUCGAGAGCGGUCAAGGUGACAUUGGCCACCGCUGCGAUCGAGUUAUUCCUUCAAGCGCAGGCAUUCAUUGUCCUCACCGUGCCCGAUCCCCCAAACGGCGCCUUGAUUGUUAACUUUCCCGCCGCCAGGUGGUACGAAGCUGUAUACAACGCCUAUCUCGUCGCCAUGGGAACCGUCCUACCAUUUUCUGUUCUCGUCGUCUGUAACAUCACUAUAAUAAUCGGCGUCAGUCGGGCAGCGAGGAAGCGGAGAAAAAUAAAAUCGGGUAAAGACAAGAAAAUUAACGAAACAAAUCUUACUGCAAUGUUGUUCAUGACGUCAUUUGCAUACUUCGUCUGCUCAUGCCCAAAACGAAUCAACCAGGCCGUGUUUGUUUACGAUUUGAAUGACCCCUACUGGCGGGCGAUGUACUGGCUACAAUUCUGGGUUUGCAAUGAAAUAUGGCACAUUAAUUUUGCUAUUAAUUUUUACGUUUACUUUCUCGGCGGUGGAAAGAAAUUCCGACGGGAUGCCAGAGAAAUUGUCAUGAAAUUUUUCUAUUGUUGUUGGGCCAAGUGACAAUCCAGGGUACUGUAGCAAGAACUAGAUUCCGCGGUGACUCGGUGCAAUGGCUUGGGUUCCCCAAAUCGGACACGGUGACCUUUGGUCAGGUUUGACCUGGACAAGUGACCUGGACAAGCGGCGACGACAUUUCUCUCACCAAAAUCUCACAAUUGUUCUACGAAACAACAAAAUAGUGCUAUUUUCUGCACAUCAUUUUGUAAAGUUGACCUUAUAAAGCAAUUGUUUCAUAUAUUCCAUAAAAAACCGAACCAAAAGAAAACAAUAGCUAUUUCAGAUCGGAUACUUAUCAUAGCAACAUAGUUGGUAUCUCUUUAAGAAAUAUCCAUUGGGUUGAAAGGUACAUGUACAUGUAUACAUGUAUCCUUUAGCCAGUUGAGGGGCGCCUGUACAAAUUGGCCUAUUUUAUCCAUAUAAUAUGCCGAUAUUUACCAAACGCGCCUCAACCGGCCCUAUU